AUGCCUCUCUUACCCAAUAAGAAAAAAAAUACUUCUAAUGAUGAUAUGAAUGAAAUUACUAAGGGUAUAUCAGAAUUAUCAAUAAAUAAGGCUAUAGCAAAAGGUAUUGAAGCAGAUGAAGUUGCUGUAGAUAUAGAUAAUAUCUCAGUGGAAAUAGUACCUUAUCUUUGA